ACUAUCCAUGAUGAUCAACCACAACUUGCUCCUUGGAUCUUCUGUUCCGGAUUUGUCCUGUGUUGACUUUUAGUAAAGUAAUUUUCUAGCGUGAGAUGAUGAGAUCUACAAUCACAGAAUCACAGGUUAACUAAGCAAAAAUAACUAGAAAACACAAGGAAGAAUCCAAAAUGCUGUUGAGUUCAUUUUGUGUCACAUGGCCAUAUUUGUGGUGUUGGGACUCCACCAGCUUGCAUCCAAUUCUAACCAUUCUAGUCACACUGAUCAGUGUGCUAUGUUUGCUAAGGUGGUUCAAGAAUUCAAGCUAUGAAGCCACUCUUCCAUCUCCUUUGCCUCCAGGUCCACUAGGCCUGCCACUCCUUGGGUACCUUCCCUUCCUAGGAACCAAUCCCCACCUCAAAUUUCACAAGCUUGCACAAGUUUAUGGUCCUAUCUACAAGCUCAUGUUGGGAACCAAAACAUUCAUUGUGGUUAGCUCACCCUCUUUGGUGAAAGAGAUAGUGCGUGACCAAGACACCGUAUUCGCCAACCGUGACCCUCCCAUUUCUGUAUUGGUGGCCUUGUAUGGUGGCACUGACAUAGCCUCUUUGCCUCUUGGUCCGCGGUGGAGGAAGGCACGCAAGAUAUUUGUGAGUGAGAUGCUCAGCAACACCAACAUCAGUAGCUCUUUUUCUCAUAGAAAGAUAGAGGUUAAGAAAUCUAUUAGAGAUGUUUAUGAGAAGAAAAUAGGGUGCCCUAUAAGUAUUAGUGAGUUGGCUUUUCUAACUGCUACAAAUGCAAUAAUGAGUAUGAUUUGGGGUGAGACUUUGCAAGGGGAAGAAGGGGCUGCUAUUGGGGCUAAGUUUAGAGCAUUUGUGUCAGAACUUAUGGUGUUAGUAGGGAAGCCGAAUGUUUCGGAUCUUUACCCCGCACUAGCCUGGUUAGAUUUGCAAGGAAUUGAGACAAGAACAAGAAAGGUCUCCCAAUGGAUUGAUAAGUUCUUUGAUUCUGCCAUUGAAAAGCGAAUGAAUGGGACAGGAGAGGGAGAAAAUAAGUCAAAGAAGAAAGAUUUACUGCAAUAUCUGUUGGAGCUUACAAAGAGUGAUAGUGAUUCAGCAUCAAUGACCAUGAACGAGAUCAAGGCCAUCCUCAUAGAUAUAGUGGUGGGUGGAACCGAGACCACAUCAACAACAUUAGAAUGGGUGGUAGCAAGGCUGUUGCAGCAUCCUGAGGCAAUGAAGAGAGUUCAUGAAGAGUUGGAUGAGGCAAUAGGAUUGGAUAAUUGUAUUGAAUUAGAAUCCCAAUUGUCCAAAUUACAGCACUUAGAAGCUGUCAUAAAGGAAACACUUCGUUUGCAUCCCCCUCUCCCCUUCUUGAUACCCCGUUGCCCGAGUCAAACUAGCACUGUUGGUGGAUACACCAUUCCAAAGGGUGCACAAGUAAUGUUGAACGUGUGGACUAUACACAGGGACCCUGACAUUUGGGAAGAUGCAUUGGAAUUUCGACCGCAGAGGUUUCUGAGUGAUGCUGGCAAGUUGGACUACUGGGGGGGCAACAAAUUUGAGUAUCUUCCUUUUGGAUCCGGAAGAAGAAUCUGUGCAGGGCUACCUCUUGCUGAGAAGAUGAUGAUGUUUAUGCUUGCUUCCUUCUUGCAUUCUUUUGAGUGGAGAUUGCCUAGUGGCACAGAGCUUGAAUUUUCAGGCAAAUUUGGUGUUGUUGUCAAGAAAAUGAAACCAUUAGUUGUUAUUCCGAAGCCUAGACUAUCUAAACCAGAACUCUAUCAAUGAUGUUGUAAUAGUGAAAUGCAUGCUUAUUAUAUAAGUUGUAAUAAGAUUUGUUACUUGCUUCGGCUGAGUUAUGUUAUUUGCAUAAGAUUUUCGAAUGGUGUAUAUACUUUUAUACUCAGUCACCCCUUUUGUAUA